UGUGUAUGGGUAUGAAGAAAUGUGUAGAAGCCUUGGCGGAAAAAAAGGCGUAGUAAAUAAUCGAAGGAAAGAUUUGUAUGAAGUGUUGUGUAAAAGAGGAUGAGGACGGCAAAGUAUGAAUGUUUAUAAAGAGUGGUGAAGAGGGAAGACUGAAAGAAAAGAGAAAGACGAAAGAGCCAGAAAGAGAAAUAGAAAGAAAGAAUGAGAGAAAAGAGAGUGUCAGGUGAAGAUAACAUAGUGAAGGACAAUGUAUUAUAGUUAGAGAGAGAAUGAGAGUGUGAGAUAUAUAUACAUAGAGAGAUAAAUAAAGAAAAAGAUAGAUUAAGUGACUGAGAAGUGGAAAGAGAUAAAAAGAGAACAAGUGCUACAAUGAGGGAAAAGGAGUGUCAAGCGAGGAUAAUAGAAAUAAGGACGGUGUAUGGUAGCUAAAGAGAGUGAGAUAGAUACAUAAAAAGAGAAAGAGAGGGAGAGAGUGAGGGAGAUUGAGGAAGGUUAGCAGAGGCUGCGAGAUGCAGGCACUAUUAUUAUUGCAUGUAGUCAGCGAGUGUUGUUUGCAACACCGUUGGGCUUAAAAGUAGCCAGGCUCUUGGAAAUAAACGCAUCUUUUACAGUUAGAUCACUUAAUUAAGGAAUUUUACACGGUUCGAUGUUGGUACAAAUGAAAUUCUCCCUAAAAUCUUGCCUGGUCUCACUGUCCGGCUUUAAUAUGAGACAUUAACAUGGCGACUUCUCUUUACAACUGCAGACGACACGACUUUUCAGUGAACUUGACCGGUGUUUAAACGGUCAUUUUGCUUUUAGGAAAAAAACAUGCUUUCGAUUAUGGAUAAAUAUACACAAUAUCGAGAUAUUAUUAAAGUAUAAUUGAUUGGCAAGUUAUGUGGAAAUAUUUUUGAUUACGAGCAAUAAUAACAACCAUGUCUCUAACUGACAGUGUUGAAGACAAACUUUCUGAUCAGAAGGCAUCUCCUGCUAGGAGUAGAGAAAGGUUAUCUACCCCAGAGAAACGUUUGCAUUUCAGACAUAGUGAAUCUGAAACGGUUUUUAGAUUUCCAUUUCCACCAUUUCUAUAUGAUUUACCUGGAGAUGUAGACAGUGUAUUUGCGGAAGGUGAUAAAGAAAACAGUCUAACUACACAAGAUGACAGUGAUGAAAGUAACUCCUUGUCUGGAUCCCAUAUUGAAGUUAAUACAGUCUCAGGAAACCUUAUCCAACAUCCUAAACCAAGUCCAAAAAACCUUAAAAAAAUCAAAGCAAUUCAAGAAUGGGAGAUAAUUAAUGGAUUGAAAGAAGGAGAGAAAUGUGAAGAAAAACCAGAAAAAUAUCAGGGAUAUUUACUUAAAAAACGAAAAUGGCCCCUAAAAGGUUGGCAUAAGAGAUAUUUCUUUUUAGAUAAAGGAAUUUUAGUUUAUGCUAAAUCUCCAAAUGAAAUUCAAAAAGGUAAAUACCAUGGAGUUAUCGACAUUGGGUUAUCAGUCCUUUGUUUUAAGAGAUGCCAACGUAGGAUAGAUAUAGAUGCUGAAGAGCUGGUGCAUCAUGUGAAAGUGAAAGACCCCCAGCUGUUUGAAGAAUGGCUUUCAAGAUUAACACAUCACAGACUAUAUCGCCAACAUGAAAUAACCUAUGGGACUAAAGAUCAACCAAGGUUGACUGAAUUAGCUUCUCCAACUGAAGAAAUUACAUCACUUCCUACAAGUGCAAAUUUACCUGAAAAAGCACGUACUCUCAGUAUGGGGAAAGAAAGCGUACGGCAAGCAAGUUUAAAAGGUCGGCCAAACCAGGCUACAUUGUUAACUGGUUGUAGUAAAGUAGCUGCCUGGCUAUUAGAUUCUGAAGGAAUUCACCAGUGCAAUAAAGAAAUGAGUCAAGCACAAAAUCAUUUAUACGAACUAAAAAUUAUUCUGGAAAAAAUGAAAAAUCUUCCUUUGGCCACAGAUUCUAUACUUGGGUGGGAUGAUUUAAAUUUGUCUGAUAAAAAGAAAUCUCGCCGUGCCGUGAGCUCCCGAUUUAACAAACUGAAGGAAAAGGGAAGUGCAGCAUCUAGUCCUCAGCAUAAUAGAAGUUAUGUCUCAGGUUCUUCCAAUGUUUUAGCUGCUUCUCCACAGGACCGCAAUGUUCUGUCUGUGACACCUGAUCGGAUACACCUUAGCUGUUCCAACCCUAACUUGAUCACAUAUGAACAGGAAAAAAGCCGACCACAUAGCAUUUCUGAAUUUUCCUCACUUACCAAUCAUGAACAACGAAUCAAAGAAAUUAAGUUGAGAGAAAUGUUUCUGAAUCGAGCACAAUCUGUUCAUGACAUACUCAAGUCAUUGGUUAGAAUGGUAUCCACAGAAAGAGAUCGUUUGAAACAAGCUCUUGAACAGAAUGUUAUUGCUCAAAACAAUAGUAACAAUAUCAGCUCCCUCAAAGAAUCAAUGGCUGAGAAUUGUGAUGAUGUUUCUGAAUCGUUACUUCGACAAAAUGCUGAUCUUCGGGCACGGUUAUCUCGUAUUCAUACUGAUUCUUCAGUUCCUGACUAUAAUACUGGAAUGGUUUCUAAUUCACCUUUACCGUCCCCAGCAGAUAAAGAGGGCACUGAACACAAUACGCUUACACAAUCUUUCUCAGCUGAAAGCUGCUCAAUGUCAGAAUAUUACGAUGCUCCUGAAGCACUGGAAUCCCAAAGUGACACUACAUCUGAAGCCUCUGAUGAACCUUCUAGUGAGAUCUCUGAUGAAGGCAAUGAAACUGAUUACAACAGCAAAAUUAGUAUGUCGGAAGGAGAGUUGUCUCGGUCCUUUCAGACAGGUCGACGUUCCAAGCUACCAGUUCCAAAACCCGAUACAGGUGAUGUUAGUCUGUGGAAUCUUCUAUGCAAAAAUAUCGGAAAGGAUCUUACAAAGAUUUCUAUGCCUGUCACUUUAAAUGAACCAUUGAGUUCUUUACAACGAUUAUGUGAAGAAUUGGAGUAUAGUGAGUUGCUGGAUAAGGCCUCUGAAUUUGAUGAUCCUCUAGAACGAAUGAUUUAUUUAGCAGCAUUUGCUGUCAGUUGCUAUGCAAGCUCAGCACAUCGUGCUGGUCACAAACCAUUUAAUCCAAUCCUUGGAGAGACAUAUGAAUGUAUUCGAGAAGAUAAAGGAUGGCGUUUUAUUUCUGAACAGGUUAGUCACCAUCCUCCAGUAUCGGCUUGUCACUGUGAUUCUAGAAAUUUUAUAUUUUGGCAAGAUGUGCGAAUAAGAACAAGAUUCUGGGGAAAAUCAAUGGAAAUACAACCUAUUGGAAAUGUGAAUGUGUUUCUACCAAAAUAUAAUGACCAUUAUCAGUGGAAUAAGGUUACAACAUGUGUGCAUAACCUACUUGGUGGCCAACGAUGGGUUGACCAAUAUGGAGAAAUGCACAUGAGGAAUGGAGAUAUUUCCUGCAAAAUUACUUUUACAAAGGCAAGUUAUUGGUCAGGGAAGCGACAUGAGAUCUACGGUCAAAUAUUUAAUCAAGAUAACAAAGUGGUCCAUAAUUUAUUUGGUAAAUGGAAUGAAGCUAUUUACUGUGGUGCUUCUGCCCCCUCUGCUCGCUGUAUCUGGAGACCUGGUACCAUGACAGAUGAUCAUGCUCUUUAUUACGGGUUCUCACGAUUUGCUAUUGAACUCAAUGAACUGAAUGAAGAGGAAGCGCGUUUCCUUCCUCCCACAGACAGUAGAUUCCGGCCUGAUCAAAGACUUUUAGAAGAAGGAAAAUUGUCUGAAUCAGAGUUAGAAAAAAUCCGAAUAGAACAGUUACAGCGAGAUAAAAGGCGGCAAAGAGAUGAUAUGAAAAUAGUAUAUAUGCCUCAAUGGUUCAGAAAACUUGAAGUAAAUGGAAAAGAAUUUUAUGAAUUCACCAGAGAAUAUUGGGAAAAAAGGAAAGAACCUGGUUUUUCCAGAAUGUCCCUUCCCAAGUUAUGGUGAUGGAAUGAACUCAGCAGGGAUUUAUUGAUUAUGGCUGUGAGCUGAUUGACUGAAUUUCUAUUAAUCAACCAACAAGUUGAACCAAAAGAUUUUCUUUCUUUAUAACCAUGUGAUAGAACAGAUGAUGACUGUUGUGGUUUGCUCAUUUCUUGAAGAAUCCAAUAUUAGUUUCAUAAUACUGCAGGUUAAGUCCAGUGGGGCUGUUAGUUGAGAGACCGUCACUGUCAAUUAUACCACAGGAGGACUUUCUUCAAAAGAUGUUUCUUUGGUUACCAAGAAUGGCAAUCCAUAAACGUUGUAGAAAUAUUAUUGCCUUGCUGGAAAGUUUACAAAUGACUGCCUUGCAUGCACUCUAAGAAUUUUGGCAGAGCUCUUGGCCAACUGCUGAUUCCAGUUAGCUUAAAGAGCAAUGGCAGAUAAUCUGCCAUUUUAAAAUCCCAGAUUUAUUCUUGUUUGGGCUUUACUGCAAGACCAUUUUGAAAUUAAAGAAAAGGAAAAAAAAAAAAAACAAGAAAAGAAAAAUCAUGACAAAUGAAGUUAAGAGACAAAAAAAAAAACCAAACACUUAUGAAAAUGUUUGGAGACUUAGUAUU